GCGAGCGGAGAGGUCUCAGAGGAGUUUGUCGGAGGCGCUAUGGCGGAGUCUCAGCUGCUGUGCCUGGACGACGAGCAUGUGAACGAGAAGAUACCGGAGUCCAGACCGGAGUUCUACUACAGCGAGGAGCAGCGCGCGGCGCUCGAGCAGCUGGUGCGGCGCGGCGCGGACGCCUUCCAGUGCCGCCUCAAAGCCGACAACAUCAAGGACUUCCUGUCCCCCAGGGAGCUGAAGACCAUCCGGAAAACGUUCCGGGAGUACGACACGGACAGCGACUCCGACCCCGGCGAGCAGGACAGGUGUAAGGAGUCCAGCGCCGACUCCGGCCGCUCCACAUACUGGCCCCAGAUGUCCGACACGGAGGUCCCGUCUCUGGACAUCGGCUGGUCCGGCAGCAGCGGCGUGUACAAGGGGGUGACCCGGGUGUCCGUGUACACCCACCCCCCCAAAGAACCGGGUCCCCACAUCAAGGAGGUGGUGAGGAAGCUCAUCCAGGAGGCGCACAAGGUGCUGGCCAUAGUCAUGGACCUCCUGACCGACCUGCAGAUUCUCCAGGACCUGCUGGACGCCUCGUCGCGGCGUGGGGUGGCUGUGUACGCCGUGCUGGAGGCCAAGGGAGUGGCCCACUUCCUGAACAUGUGCGCUCGGCUGCAGGUUAAUGCGGUCCAUCUGAGGAAUCUCCGUGUGCGGAUGGUGAAAGGUGCAGGGCUGGCCUUGUCCUUUGGCAAACUUCCCGGCUCUCUGUCUUCCAAAUACAUGCUAGUUGAUGGAGAGAAAGUCAUGUUUGGCUCUUACAGCUUCACCUGGAUUUCCUCUCGGAUGGACAGGAACACGAUCACAGUCAUGUCGGGACAGAUUGUGGACAUCUUUGACAGUGAUUUCCGGGAGUUGUAUGCUGUGUCUGAACAAGUUGACCUCUACAAGGAGUUCAACCUCACCAAGCCGCCUAAGUCAUCGCCAGUUAAGAGGCCGCCGGUAAAGAAAGCCCAGCCUCAGCCUCUGCCCACUUCCAUGUCUCGUUUUCAAGUGUCUGUGACGGAGUCCAGACAGAUGGACCUGAAGAUACCUGCACACAAAUACCACAAUCCAAAGUACUCACUGGUGUUUGGCAAUACCAUUGGCCUAACAGGUUCUCUGCAAGACCUGUCCUCUGUAGGUGGCUCACGGCUUGGUGGGAUAAACAACAAGAGCGGCCUGCAUAACGGUGUCCUUCACGCUAAGAGGGACAGCAGGGAAAAGCUGGAUCAAGUUGGCCCACAGAGUCCUCCCUCACCUGAGGAAGAGGGGGAGGGUGAUGGAAAGGGAGGACUGAAGAGGAACCAGAGCACAAAGAAACAGCGCAGUUCCUUCAGACACUUCCUGAAAGGCAGAGGAGCCAAUCAGGGCCCAGAGAUUAUCGAUGAAGGCGUGGUCACUCCACGGAAUCCUUCGCCCAACUGCAAAAUCUCAGAGUCCAACGGUGUCCCAGCCAGUGAGCUGGAGGAUUCAUUUGAGAGCAAUGAUAAAAUAACGCCACUGAAAUUCAAAAUCAAGAAGCCCUCAAAGCAGAUGCAGAGAAGUGUGUCUCUGCAGACCAUCAGCACAGAAGACGAAGACGGAUUCAAAGGCCGGCGGCGGCAAAAGAAGAACUGCAUCCAGUCAUGAGAUCAAAAACAAAUGGUAAAUGGACUGUAUUUACAUAGUGCUUUUCCAUCUGCAUCAGACACUCAAAGCACUUUACAAUAAUGCCUCACAUUCACUUCGAUGUGAGGGUGCUGCCAUACAAGGCGCUCACUACACACUGGGAGCAACUUGGGGAUUAAGGACCUUGCCCAAGGGCCCUGACUGAUUUUCUGGUCAGUCUGGGAUUUUAACUGAGGAUCCUCUGGUCUCAAACCCAACGCUUAACCACUAGACCAUCACCUCCCCCAAACAAGACAGAGAUUUCAUUUUGGUCAAAUAUACAAGGACAGCGUUUUUCUAAAUAUGAUUUUGGAGCAGAUGUGAUAGCUGAGAUACGGGUGGCACCAAACCGUCGACUGGGGAAAACCAAACCGUCGCGCUCAUCUGGUGACUAGGGAAAUUUUUAUUUCUGUUAAGUUAUUUUGGAGAUAAAUGUUUUGUUAAUAGAUGUUAGUUUGUUUCUUGUAAUACUUGAACCCAGAGGCCACCCAGCAGCUGAGACAUGGCUCAGGCCCUGUGAUGUCAUAUCUGCCAGUCAUCCCAGUUGCUAUGGAGACAGGAAAAGUGAUCGGCUGUGCUGUUGUACCUGAGUGUCAUGUUACUGAGGACCUGCGGGAACGCUAUGAGCGUUCAUUAGACUGUGAGUGACGCACGCUGAGCUGGACACUGCUCGUCCGCCAUCUGUCUCCACUUUGGGACUUCACAGAGGAAACGGCGCCGAGAUUAUAAUGUGAAUCCUUCAGAACCACGUGACAUAGAAAUUGUGUACGUUAAAUCACAGAAUACGAGAGAAAAACGAGAGAAAAGAGUGUCAACAAAAGAAAAACCCCUUCAGAGCAGCUGGACAGAUCAAGAACAACCUGCAAGAAGAAGAAAUCAACAAUCAAGUGACCAACAUUUUCCAGAUCUGACCGAAUUUUCUGGUUUGGAGCGUGUUGCUAUUUACAGUGAGGAAAAUAAGUAUUUGAACAAUCAAUCAAUCAACUUUUUUCUUAUAUAGCGCCAAAUCACAACAAACAGUUGCCCCAA